AUGCCUUUCAUUCUCAAGACUCUCGUCCUGAAUGCCCUCCUCGCCGGAGCCCUAAUGGGUCAAGCCGUGAGCGCUGGCGCCCACAGCAGCAACAACAUCCAGGAUGCGCCUGUGGCCAUCAACGCCCGCGAAGCCCUCCCCAUCGAGAACUUCGCCAACGACCUCGACAAGCGCAAGAACACCAAUAAAAAUGGAAAGGAGCUCUUGACCGCCGAUUUCCCCAGCAAGGACUACACGUGCCCCGCGACCGACAAGUACAGCGCGACCAGGUACACUUCUGGGCAGUUAACCAAGGCCUACGCUGAGGCGGCCGAUUUAGCAUUCAAAGAUAAAACUCUUGGAACGAAGAAAUACCCCCAUUCCUUCGCCAACUAUGAUAAGCUCGAUUUCCCGUGCGGCAGAAGAACUAUGGAGUUUGCCCUUGACAGGACGAGCCCCGGCACUGUGUAUGCUGGUGGUGAGGUGACGGACUUUCCGGAUAGGCUUAUCUUUGAGUAUGCGUCGAAGACGGUUAGGGCACAGUUCUGUGGUGUUAUUCGGCACCAGGAUAAGGACUUUAUUAAGUCCUAG